AUGGACCUGUUCCGCCAGGUCGACGAGUUCCUGAUGGAGGAGGACGAGGAAGGCGACCCGCCUCCUCUGUUUCCGCAGAUGAAGGCGGCGCGCGCCUUCCCGCCUGGCGCCUCUUCGCCUUCAUCGCCUUCGCUCUCGUUGCCUCGUGAGGACGCGCGGCCGCCCUCAGGCGCACAAAACCCACGAGGAGGCGCCUCGCCGGCGUCACGGUCCUUCGACGCGGCGCACCCAGAGGCCUCUUCGCCUUCUUCGGCCUCUGACUCUCAGCAGAGCUUCGGACUCGGCGCGCUGGCAGCGCGGGCGACCGGCAGCUGGAUGGCGAGCCAGGGGCCUUCAGCGCGCGGAGACGCGAGCGCGGACGAGGCUGCGCCGGAGGAGACGCCGAAGAAGGUUUCCUGGGUGAACUUCACCUCCAGCGUCACAGCUGCGGUCGCGGAGCGUCUCCAGCAAUGCGGAAAAGAAGACGCGGAGGACGCCGACUCGGCUGAAAACACGCCAAAAAACUCGUGGAUGAACCUUACCGGCGUCACCGCGGCUGUCGCAGAGCGCGUCGCCGCCGCCGCGAGCCGUGCGGCUCCUGCGGCCGCUGCCGCGGCUCCGGUCGCCUCAGAAGGCGUGAAGUGGGGCAUGGGAGUUCUGAAGGACACCUUCUCGUCUCUGCAAAAGGAGCUCCUCUCCGUGGAAGAUCCCGAGGAGGAGGCGGGCGCGCCGCGGCUUUCGCUGUCGCCUCAGGACCCCGCCCCCAGUGAGCGCGGCGAGCGAGGAGGGGCUUUCGCUGGAAAAGAAGACGAAGAAGGCGUGGCGGCGUCCGCGAGUCCGAUGUGUGACAACGACGCGCUGGACUUCACCGAUGAACAGGAUGACCGCUACAGCCUGCUGGACGCCGAAGUUGAGCGAGUGGCUCCAAGGCUGCAGGACGCGCGCGCGUGCAUGCGCACCCCCACGGUUGAGAGAGACUUCCUUGCGAGUCUGCAGGCCCGGGGGGAAGAGUUCGAACAGGCCCGCGGGCGAGGGGGAGGCCCUGCGGCGCCGCUGCCGGCGGUUCAGGCUGCGAAGGGACACGCGCAGGUUUACUCGCCUGCAAGCAGAUCCCCACAAUCCGCCGUGGAGGCUGCGGCGGCUGCAGCAGCUCGAGCGGCCGCGGCCCUUUCUGCGCACUUCGGGCGGUUUUCGGAGCUAGAAGAAGAGAUCGAGAGGGACGAGCGAGAAGGGCCAUUUCCGCGGCUGCACGGAGAGGCAGACAGAGGAGAGGAGGUGUUGCAGAGGGGGCCAGUCGAGCAGCUGCGCCGCGGUUCAGACAGCGCGCGCGAGGAAGACCAUGGCGGUGCCCACGCCGCAGACGACGAGCCUGCCACGGCGUGGGAUGUUCACUUCUCGUUCGCGGGCGAGGAAGCGCGGAGGGGCGCCUUUGAGGAGGGGAACGGCGACUGGCGUCUCGGAGCGAAGAGAGAAGAAGCGCCGGAAGGGAAGACGCUCGCGCGGCCCCAGGCGGAGGACGAGAAACACGUGGCGCGGCAAGGAGAGUUCUGCGGCGGCGCGCCGAGCGACCGCGCGCACGACGAGGCCGAGAUCCCGGCUGCGCCGCGACUCGCAGAAGCGGAAUGUAGUCCCUCCGUCGCCGCCGCGCCUCUCUCUCUCCCUCUCGCUUCUGCUCUUCCUCGCGCCGACGAAGUGGAUCUUGCCGCGCCGGUAUCGCGCUCGCUUUCGCCUGGGCUGCCGCCUGCCUCCGGGUCUCCGCCCUCACUCAGCCUGACACCUUCGUCUCGCGGGCCGCGGGAGCUCGCGGAGGCGCCGCGUCCAGCGUCGCCCGCCGCCGAGUCUGCGUCAGGGGAGGCGCCUGAAAGCGCGGCGCGUGGAGACGAGCGCGUGGGAGAGGAGGAGAGAGAGAGAGACGUCGAGGGGGGAGACUGUUCGGUGCGGAGCUGGGAGACGCUCGACUCUGUCGUGCUGUCCCCCUUGAACAGCGCGUACACCGGUCAGACUCACAGCAGCAACGCGCAGAGCGCCCACAGUCUCCUCUCCUCGUCCUCGCCCACGGCGGAGGACGGGCAGGCCGCCCCUCCUCCGCGCGAGGGAGAAGAAGCGGGGCUGCGCGCCAGCGCGGACGCGGGGUCUCCUCGCGUGGAGGGAGCCGCGAGUCCGCAGGGCGCCCAGAGCUUUUCUUCUUCCGCGGCCUCCUCGUCGCCCUUUGCGACCUACUCGGCUUGCUACCCUUCGCCGGCCUCGGCGCACACCGACGCGCGAUCGCUGCGAGGCGCCGAGCGACUCUCGCUGCCAGCCGCGGCCUCGCUCUGUUCGAGCUCCUCCUCGGGGUCUUCUUCGCUCUUGCCGUUAUCCUCGAUAUCGCCGUCUUCUGCGCUGUCCGCUGGGGCGGGCGCGAUCGGGGCGUCGCUCUCUCUGCAGCCGCGCGCCUUCGCGCCCUCGCCGUCCAUCGAGGGGCCUGCGAGCCCGCCAGACGCGACGGAGCGACCGACCCGGUCGGAGCCGCCUGUCUUCUCCUCCGCGGAAGUUCCUGGUGCAUGUGCAGCUGAACUUGGCACGGCGGCAGCCCGCCCAGCGGAUGCCGCGCCGGCGGAUCCCGCAGGAGACUCAGGGGGGGCGGAGUGCAUGCAGUUCUCCGAGGUCUCGCGGGGUGACGACCGCGCCUGCCGCGAGGAAGGCGAGCGCGAGGGCGCCGAGUCCGCAGAGGGCCUCACGGCGGCGCUGAGCGCCGACGCUGGCGUGAUGCCGGCGCACGGAGCGAGCCUGGAGGCCGCGGCGCUGCCGGAAGGCAGCACGAGCGGGGGAGGAGGCAACGCGUGGGAAGAAGACCAGGACUUCGAGGAGGAGGAUGCCAGCAGAGACAGCGGAGAGGCGAACAGAAGCGAAGCGAGCGGCAACGCAGAAGAGCCGCGCGACGCCCCGUCCAAGAGCCUAGAAGGCCCCGCUCUGAAGCCGUAUCAGGCCGACCCUGUCGCGGCUUGUUGCUCUCCUCCCCCCUCGCGGUCGUCUCAGUCCAGGCUCGACCUCGUCAUCGAUCAAGACGCACUGCUACGCGCCGCGGCCGCAGCUGUCGUCUCCGCGGGGACUGAGGAAAGCGAACUCGCAAGCCGAGACGGCAGCGGCCACAGCACGAGGCGCGGUGUACGUACAGUGCCUGGGAGCCAGGGGCUGAAGCGCCGCGAGGACGCCGCGCGGAGACAACAGACGCGCGCCUCCUGGAUAGAGAACCGGGUCGCAGGGCUGUCGCAGGGAGAUUCCCAAGGCCCACUCAAAUUCGAGACAGAUAGCGGCGCGGGGAGCGGACCCGGCAGCGGUCAGCCGACGCCGUCGAUGUAUGCGCGGCUGCAGAAGCAGAUUCGCCAGAAGGAGACCUACGCGGCGGAGCUCCUCGCGUCUCUCGAAGCUGAGCGGCGAGAGAGCGGCGAGCUGCGCGAGGCCCUCGGCCGCGAGCGCGACGCGCAGGCCGCGCAGGCCGCGCAGUGGAAGGACGUGGCGAGGAAGCGCGAGGAAGACCUAGAGGAACUCCUGAGGAGCCACGCGACGCAGCUGGCGGCCGCGGCUGCGCAUGCAGAGGCGCGGGAGCAGGCGCUUCGCAAGCAAGUUGAGCGGCUAAGCGCCGAAGAGAAGAGGCGCCGGGAGGCCGCGGAGGAGGAGGACGACGAGGACUUCAGCCGACGGCUGCAUGAGCUGCUUGAAGAGGAACGGCGGAAUUUGAAGGCACAGCUCGAAGUCGAGACGCAGCUCCAUGACCGCAAGCGCCACGAAUACGAAAAGAGCCUCGCGCGCCGCGCGAGUGAGGCGGAGGAGCUGCGCGCGCGCCUCAGCGAGAAGGAGGCGGAGGCGACACAUGCGACUCGCAAAGCGCAGGAGCUACACGCGCAGCUGAGCGAUUUCCGCGAACAGCUCGAGAGAACGGCGAAGGAGCUCGAGGCGACCGAUGGCCUGCGACGCGCCUGCGAGGCGCAACUCGACAGCAGCAAGCAAGAGGCCGCCACGCUCCGCGACAGGCUCGCCGAAUGCAAAGACGAGCUCGAGGAGAUUAAGAGAGAAAGCGAAACGCGGCUCGGCGGCCGCGCAGAGUACGAAGAAGAACUCGCGAAAAACAAGGCGGAGCUCGCAGCGGCGCAGGCGCAGCUUGCGGCCCUCGCCGGCUCCGCGGAGAAAGAGAGAGACGAACUCUUGACGCAGUUAAUUCAGGAGAGAGAAAACAGAGAAGAAGAAGCGGAGGUGCUGAGGCAGACGCGGACGAAACUUACCGAGAUGCAAACGACGCUCGACACGCAAGCACAGGCGCUCCAGGCAGAAGCUGACCACCGCGGAGACCUGGAGCGUGCGUUGCAAGCGAGGGAGAAGGAGGCAGAAGAAGCCAGUUUGGCUCUCCACGAGGCGACAGAGCGAAUCGCCGAGUUGUCGACGCAAGCUCACGACGAGCGCGAGGCGCAGCGCGGCGAGCACGCUGAGCUGCAGGCCCGGGUUCGCUUUCUUGAGGGACGCGAGGCCGAGCUGCAGGCGGAGCUCGAGGCGGUUGGAAGCCAACGAAGCCGCGAGCUGGAAGAGCAGACGCUGCAGCAGGAGACUCUUCAGACUCGGCUCCAGGAGGCGCAGCGCCAAGCGGAGGAGCUUCGCGCGUCUCUGGCGGCCGAGGAAGAAAGGCACACUGCCGAAAUCGCAGAUCUGCAGCGACGCCACGCACUGGAAUGUGAGCGUCUGUCGUCAGAACUCCUCACGGCCUCCGCGGCGACAAGCAGCUGGCAGGAGGCGCAGGCGAAGCGCGAAGCCGAGAAGCGGGAAGCUGAGCGCGAGCGCGAGGCCUCCCUCGCGGCGCACGAAGCGACCAAAGAGGAACUUCACCAACUCUCGCAGCAGUACGCGGCGCUCGCUACAGAGCUCUUCCGGAAGCAGCAGGAGCUCGACGAGCUGAAAAGCGCUGCGCCGCGCGCGGGUCCGCCAGCGUCGUUGGGAGCCUCACGCGACUCGGCGGCUGACCGCGGCUUGGAGAGCCACGGAGGAAGCGUCUUCCGCGCAGAAACGGCGCGAGCGAGCAGGGAGGAGGAUGAAGAGCGCCGGCAGUGCCUCGCCGAGCUGCUGGCGGCGCAGGCGGAGAAUAGUCGCCUCGACAAGGCGCUGAAGAAUUUCCAAGCGCACUUAGAAGAGGCGAGCGAGGCGCGCCUCAGGCUGCAGGCGACCGUCGAGGAGCUCGAGGCGAACAAGCAGCUCGCAGACGCGACGAAUGCGCGACUCCAAGCGGAGUUGGAAGCGGCGCUGCGGGCCUCCUUAGAGGCUGCCGCCGCGGAGUCCGGCGGGGCGGCUGCGGGCGCGGCUGGGCGUGAGGAACUUCGCGCGCUGCAGAGUGCGUUGGCGGCGCGCGAGCAGCAAGUGGCGCUGUUGACUUCGGAGCGAAACGCGCUGAGCAAGCGGCUGCAGAUGAAGACGUUGGGACUGGCGGAGCCAUGCUCGCCGAAGAAGCGGGAGAAGGCCCGCGAGGUUGAGAUCCAGGACUUGGAGGCGGGCGCCGCGGAGUCGGGGCGCGAGGAGCCCGACGAGGCGGCGAGCGACGCCCGCGGGGGGCGUCGGGGCGGAGCCGGUGCGCCGCGGAACGAAGGUGGGGAGACGCUUCUCCUCGCGGCUGCGCGGUGUGCAGGGCGCGCGACGCGCAAAGUGAAGCUCUACGCGAGGGCGCUGUGGAGCGACUUGCACACGGGCGGCGCCGCGGGUCAGGGGAAGCCGUGGCAGAGCCUUGACCGACCCUUCAGGGACUUCAGCCGCGUGUUGGUGGACAGCGGAGCUCACCGCUUUGGGUUUUUCGUGUACUUUAUGCUGAUUCACAUAUUGUUUUUAUUCCGUAUUUUCUUUCCCCCCGUCUCCGCGGGGCCGUGCGCGCCGGCGGAGACGCCGAGUGCGCCGUCUCCUCUGUGA